AUGCAUAUAUUUUAUUUAGUAAACUCGAAACAAUCAUCCAAUAAUAUUAAUAACAAUAAUAAUAUUAAUAGCAAUAGUGUUGCCAUCAAUAAUAAUAAUAAUAAUAAUAACAGCAACAUCAACAGCAAUAAAAACAGUAAAGAUGAAAGAAAAUUUUUCAAUUAUAAUUUAAAUAAUAAUGAUAAUAAAGUAAUCGAUCAAUUUCCGCAUCAAGUCGGGGGACAUUCAGCAAUGCUUUCAAUAGAAGGAAAUAUUUGCAAACCUUUAAUAAAUCGAGAACUUCAGUUUUAUCAAUUUACACAACAAAAAGAUAAUAUACAUAGUUUCUUCAUCUCACCAUUUUUAGCCAAAUAUUACGGGGUCAUUGAAGUUUUAAAAUCAAAAAAUGAAGAAAUCUUAGAUAAUAAUACCAAUAAUAUUAAUAAUAGUAACAAUAGCAUAAAUAUAGAUUAUAAUCACAAUAGUAUUGUUAAUAGUAAAAAUAUUAAAAAACCAAAAGAUUGUAAACAUCCAAGUGGCACACAACAGAGAUAUAUAGUCUUAGAAGAUUUAACAAAGAAUUAUAAAAAACCAUGUAUAGUAGAUAUUAAAGUUGGUACUAGACAACGUGGCGCCAUUUGUUCAACAACAACCUCUACAACUUUAGGUAUAAGAGUUUGUGGAAUGAAAAUUUUUAGCCCAGAAAUUGGCAAUAUAGUUUUCGAUAGAUAUUAUGGAAGAACACUAAAUACUGAAACUUUGGAAGAUUCACUAUUCAACUUUUUUACAAGUAAUAUUUAUAAUAAUGAUAGUAAAAAGAAUAAUAAUUACAAAAACAACAAAAUAUUAAACUUAGAAAGGGUUAAGCUUUUGGACUCAAUUAUAGAAAAAUUAAGUCAAAUAGAAUGUAUUAUAUCAAAUAAAAAUGAAAAGUUCCCAUUUAAAAUUUAUUCAAGCAGCUUAUUAAUUAUCUAUGAAGGUAGUGAAGAUACAGCAAUCGAUGAAAACACUAUAAAUAGCAAUACAAAUUGUAUAGAUAUUAAUAUGUCACAAUUCAAUGUCGAAACUUCCCAUUCAAACUCGUCAUCUUGUAUGACAACCCCCUCCCAAUCACCAACCACAUCACUUUUAAACAUUUCAAAUGACUCACCAAAUCAAAAUAAUAUUAAGAUUCAAGAUAAUAUAAAUAAAAUAUUAAGACCAAAUAGCCCCAGUAACAGUUCAGGCCAUUUUAGAAACAGUGGUGAUAUUUUUAAGUCUAUGGAUGAAUCUUCAGAUGAUACAUUUAGUCCCGAUGAAGAUAUAGAUGAAUCUUUUCUCUCUAGCGAUAUGGACUCUGAUAUAGAUGAAACAUUAUCAAAUAGCAGCCACAGUAACUACAAUAGAGGCAAUUCAACAUCAUCAUCAACCAACUCUUUAGAAAGAAAAUGCUUGAAAAAUGACAUUAAAAUGAUCGAUUUUGCCCAUGCCAUUCCUAUUGACGAGCAAGAUGCUACCGAAGACGAUGGUUACUUAUUUGGUGUCCAAAAUCUCCAACUUUUAUUAUUCAAGGUUAAAUCUAGAAUUAUAUUUAAUAAUAACAGCAUCAAUGAUAAUUCAAACCAUAUAAAAGAUGACAUAUUAGAUUCCUCCUCCUUAUCCUCAUUAUCACAAAAUUCUUUAGAGUUUGGUGGUAAUGGUGAUGACUUUUCAUUUUUAAAGUUAUAUCAAAAAGAAUUAAAUAAUAAUAUUAGCAACAUAAAUAAUAAUACAUUUAUCCCAUCAUUUUAUUAA